GCCGUGCCGGGCGGUGCUGGCGGCGGGGGCGGCGGCCGGAGGAAGAUGGUGGCGGGAGGAGACGCUGCCUGCCGGGCUGUCCGCCCCGCGCUGCGCUGCCAGCCCCGCCGGAGCCGCCCUGCGUGGUGAGGAGGCGGCGCGGACCCGCACCAGCUGUGACUGACAAAAUGUCAACAGAGUAAGUGACCUACCCACCAGAACUUGCCAUGAAUCAUUUGGUUGGACCGCCUGAUGGGGAGGUAAGUGAAGAGCCAACAAAUGGAGCAGUGAAUGAGUCAGUGGAGGCUGACCUGGAGCACUCAGAGGUGGAAAAGGAGCAGCGCUAUGCAACUCACUAUCCAAGGCAUACAAACAGCAGCCAAGGGGGCCUGUCUGGGCAGGAGGAGGAAGGGAUGUUAGCUCGGUCAGCCAGCACUGAGAGCGGCUUCCACAAUCAUACAGAUACUGCAGAAGGGGAUGUGAUAGCCACAGUGGAGGAUAGUUACGACACAGAGAGAGUUCAGGAAAAUGAAGAUGAGAGUGCAUAUGCAGUGCAGUAUAGGCCUGAGUCUGAGGAAUACACCGAGAAUGCUGAGGCUGAGCAUGGUGAAGCCAUUCAUAACCGAACACUGCCCAAUCACUUACACUUCCAUUCCAUCGAACACGAGGAAGCCAUGAAUGCAGCCUACUCGGGUUAUGUCUACACGCAUCGACUAUUCCACCGAGGGGAGGAUGAGCAGUAUGCUGAGCCUUACGCUGACUAUGGACUGCAGGAGCAUGUGUAUGAGGAGAUAGGGGAUACACCAGACCUUGAUGCUAGGGAGGGGAUCCAACUGUAUGAGCGGGAGAGGGAGGAAGCUGAUAAUUACCGCAAGGAGGCCCUUGGUGCCCGCCUUCACCAUUAUGAUGAGCGGUCUGAUGGAGAGUCUGACAGCCCAGAAAAGGAGGCAGAGUUUGCGCCCUACCCAAGAAUGGAUAGCUAUGAACAAGAGGAGGACAUUGAUCAAAUUGUGGCAGAGGUGAAGCAGAGCAUGAGCUCCCAGAGCUUGGACAAGGCAGCUGAAGACAUGCCAGAAGCCGAGCAGAGUUUGGAGCACGCUCAUGCUUUUGCUGGUGGGGGGCAUGAAAGCAAUGGCCAGCUCCCACCUGGUUCCCGAGUUACAUCCGGCUCGGGAGAAACUGUGCAGAGGUACAGCAAGGAAAAGAGAGAUGCGAUUUCACUGGCCAUUAAGGAUAUUAAAGAGGCUAUUGAGGAAGUGAAGACAAGAACCAUCCGUUCUCCUUAUACUCCCGAUGAGCCGAAGGAGCCUAUCUGGGUGAUGCGGCAGGACAUCAGCCCAACCAGGGAUUCUGACGACCAGAGGCCACUAGAUGGAGAUUCUCCAUCUCCAGAUUCCUCUUCACCUCGGGGUGCUGAGUCGUCAAGUAGGCAACAUCACCAGGAUGUCUGCAGUACAGCAGAGCCCUCCACUAAUAAAGAGUCCAGAAAAAGCUUGGCUUCAUUCCCAACCUAUGUUGAAGUUCCAGGACCUUGUGAACCCGAAGACCUCAUUGAUGGAAUCAUCUUUGCAGCCAAUUACCUGGGCUCCACACAGCUGCUCUCUGAUAAAACUCCCUCCAAGAAUGUGAGAAUGAUGCAGGCUCAGGAAGCUGUCAGCAGGAUCAAGAUGGCCCAGAAAUUAGCCAAAAGCAGGAAGAAGGCUCCAGAAGGAGAAUCUCAACCUAUGACCGAAGUGGACCUCUUCAUUUCUACACAAAGAAUUAAAGUACUGAAUGCAGACACACAGGAAACCAUGAUGGAUCAUCCCCUGCGGACCAUUUCUUACAUCGCAGAUAUAGGGAAUAUAGUUGUUCUAAUGGCUCGCAGGAGAAUGCCGCGCUCUAACUCCCAGGAUAAUGUGGAAGCAUCUCACCCUUCCCAGGAUGGAAAGAGACAGUACAAAAUGAUUUGCCAUGUCUUUGAGUCUGAGGAUGCACAGCUGAUUGCACAGUCUAUAGGUCAAGCCUUUAGUGUAGCAUACCAAGAGUUUCUGAGGGCGAAUGGAAUCAAUCCAGAAGACCUUAGCCAGAAGGAAUAUAGUGACUUGCUCAACACCCAGGAGAUGUACAAUGAUGACCUCAUCCACUUUUCCAAAUCUGAAAACUGCAAAGACGUUUACAUUGAAAAGCAAAAAGGAGAAAUCCUAGGUGUAGUGAUUGUGGAGUCUGGCUGGGGAUCCAUUUUGCCUACAGUUAUCAUAGCCAAUAUGAUGCAUGGGGGACCAGCAGAGAAGUCUGGAAAGUUGAAUAUAGGGGACCAGAUCAUGUCAAUCAACGGGACCAGCCUGGUUGGCUUACCUCUCUCAACAUGUCAGAGCAUUAUAAAGGGUUUAAAAAACCAGGCCCGGGUUAAACUGAAUAUAGUCAGGUGUCCUCCAGUAACCACUGUCUUGAUCAGGAGGCCGGACCUCAGAUAUCAGUUGGGCUUCAGUGUGCAAAAUGGGAUUAUCUGCAGCCUUAUGAGAGGCGGUAUAGCAGAGCGAGGAGGUGUGCGUGUUGGCCAUCGCAUCAUUGAAAUCAAUGGGCAGAGUGUGGUAGCAACACCCCAUGAGAAAAUUGUUCACAUUCUCUCAAAUGCUGUUGGUGAGAUUCAUAUGAAGACUAUGCCAGCUGCCAUGUACAGACUGCUAACUGCACAAGAGCAACCAGUUUACAUCUAAAGCUGACACCCACCGUCACAAUGUGCAUGGAGGAUGUUUUUCCUCAAUAGUGCUUGUCACUCUAGUGCUGCAUUUAUGUGUCUGCAGAGACGUCUAUUUCUUUAUCUCACUCACAAGUGUACUGUCUCUAUCUCCUCCCUUCUCCCCACCAUUUUCCUGUAUUUAGGGAAGGGGCACAGUAUAUCCACGGGACUAUUUUGGUUGCAUCUCUUUUCAGGUGGAAUUAAAUGCAGUUCCACACACAGAACAGGAAAAUAACAGCAGCAUUCUUCACAGCAUGAUUCACUAAAAAAUCAGGCUGACUCUGAUUUGUUUAACUCUAAAAAGUAGGGGGUUUUGCGAUUGUAAUCUGACAAAUUAAAUAAGCUCCAUGUUGCAAAAUGAAAGAUGCCUUUACCAGACAAGCAGUAAUGUAGGAAGCAAAGUGACUUCACUUUUCUUCCUGUUUUUACAUAGGCUUUCUGAAACCCUGUAAAGGUUUACAUCUGUAGGAAAAGUAGAUCUUCCGAAGGGCAACUUCAGAAGAAUGAGUAGAUGCUGCUGUGUUAAAAUACGCUGUCCAAAUACACACUUUUUAGUUACUCCCCCAUCAGCAGUUUGUCACGACUUGUGGGACUCCCAGAAGUUCUUUCUGAGACGCCUGAAUAUUUUGCAGUUCCACUAUUUACACCAAGUAACUGGGGAGGCUUUUUUUGUCUAUUAUUUUUACAGCGGCCUUCCCCUCUCUGCCCCCAGGUUUCCAGCUCCUUGUUUUGCUCUGCUUUGUUUUUAACUGUAACAUGUCUUUUAUAGUCCCUUGCCUGUUUUAGAUGUUAAAGGAGUAGGGGGCGGGGGGGAGGAUCUUUAAAUACCUACAAGAGAAAAUAGUGAGGGGCUUUCCUGAAUAGCUACACUUUUUCUAGGCUCUUAUUUCCGCAUUUGGAGCACACAGCAAUGUGUGCCGGUGUAUAUAGAUGUUUUUAAAAUUGUGCUUGCUAUUUAAUGAAGUUUGAAUAUAAGAGAUCUGCAUACUAUUCUAAGUAAUUUUGUUCUCUGAGCCAAUUUUAACAUAUAUUUUUGUCCAAAGACUUGUCUAAUUUUAUUGACUUUCUCUUUAGUUCAUGACAUAGAUAAUAAUCGGAGCGGUAAAGUGGGGAUAAACAUAUUUAUUUUAAGUUAAGUUGUGACUUUUUUUCCAUUUGUAUGGCACCUUUAGGAUAUAUAUGUGUACUAUAUGCACUUGUAUGAAGAUAUAUUGUAGGGAUGUAUGAAAUAUAGGAUUUGAGUGGCCUGUAACUUGCAUGCUAGAGAUAAAAGGGGGAAAAUGGGUUGGGUUGUUUCCUUGUUUGUUUUUUUGUUGGUGGUGUUGUUGGUUUUGUUUUUGGUUUGUUUUUUUUUUUAAUGAUAAUAAAUAAAAGCAGUGACUUUUCUUCCUAGUGAGAGGAAAAUUCUCCAUUGUUUGUAGUUACUUUUACCAGGACUGCUCACUGGUGUUUACACUGAAACCGUACCAUGCGUUUAGUCCAGGCUGGUAAGCUGGUUUGCUUUUGAGGAAGCAUUUUCUGCUGUAUCAUAGCAUGGCAGAAAAGCUCAGUGAGGUGAAGACAAGAACAGGUCAUGCACACAGACACGUCUGUUCUAUUCUGAAGAUGUUCUUGUGGUCACAGUCACUUGUUUGCCAAUUACUGUGUGGUGCGCUGUGCAAAAGAAGCGUUAUUUGCAGUCUGGGAACGAUUCCUUGGAAUGUCUCCAGAGGUUGGUGGAAGUGGAUCUGUGUGUGUGUGUGCACAGGCACAGCUGGUGUGCACACUGAUGAACUCAAGAGGUUCAUUUUUGGCUUUUAGAUAUCACAGACAUUCACGGCCUGAUCGGAGGUAGAAAACCUCUUGUUGUAUUUCAGUGGGCAGUAAAUACUUAUGGGAGGCAAUGGAGCGCUGCAUAAUGCAGUAUUGUCAGUGAAUAUGUUUUAGUGUUGAGGUUAGUGUACAGUGACUUGAUUUUACUGCAGUUCUUGUUGUUAUAUGGUUUAAUCCCGAUCUGUGGAAUAACAGACUGCACCAGAGCGCCAUGUUAGUGUUCCAGGUUAACACUUACCUCUGCCACCAGGCUGAUGCAAGUGGAUAACAGAUGGCUUGUACCUUGUUUACCUGUAAACAUCUGGUUUGUGGUGAUCGUUUGAAUUCUUUUCAGCACUCUCCAUAUAUAUAGUAAUAUAUGUAAAUACGAUAUAUAUCCAUGUACAAUUCAGAGGAUUAUAUACAGUGCAGCCUUUCCAUAAGUUGCCUGAGGAAACUCAGUGAACUCUCAAAGACACAGUUAUUGUGCUCCUGAGUCCUGCGGUGUUUAGGCUCAGCUUCACUCGUGUCUGUACUCCUGUACCACUGUCUCAGUGGGGUCCUUACCUGACUUCACUGCAAAAUACUGGAGACCUGAAUCCAAAACUCUGCCGAGUUCUUGGCACUUGAGUGCUUUCAUGGUACACAGUACGUAGGCACUCAGCGUUAAGCAAGUGAAUGCUUGCAGGAUCAGAGUCUAGCAAAAAGCAUCAUCCUUACAGCAGCAGUGUGUGUAUGAGGUUUCUGAACUGGCAGGUCCAUAGUUCACACACGCUGUUGGUGCUGCCUGACAGUCCUGUCUUACAUGUAGAGGGAAGGAGUUUCCAAAAACACGCUCCGAGUGGGAAGCCGGCAGUUCUCUGGGCCCUGGCAGCAGUUUGUGGGGUGAGUUGUUAUUAACAGAUACGAUGGAGCAAACUGCUGCUUUACAUUCCUUCUUCAGUGACAGACCUGAGUUUGUUCUUUCUCGCUGCUUUGUGCAGUCUCGUUAACUCUUUCUUCAGUGUUUACAUUAAGGGUGAAACAUCCCUUCUAUUUUUUUAUUGGCGAGUUUCUCACAUUUGUUUUGAACCUGGCUCAAAUUGGGGAUUCCGAGUUUGCUUGUUUUCCUUGUUUUUUAAAUAAGAUAAUGUUUCUGAAGACAGCGAUGUGGUUGAGAUAUCUUGUACAUAUUUAGCGCAGUACCUAGACUAUGAAGUUAUAUUAUUGUUCUGUAAAGAGGGUGAAUAGAAAUUAUUGUAAAGCGUUGGGAAAAGUAUAGUAUUGUAUUUGUACCAAUAUUGUUCUUUGUAAACAUCUAAUGAUCUCUCUAUAUAAAUAUAAAUAUAUAUAUAAAUCUAUGUGAGCCUGGAAUGUUGAUACUGCACAUCUGCUGAAUGUAAUUCCUCUGAUGUUUUUUUGCCACAGGUUUCUGACCUCUGUAAUGACGCUGCAGUGGUUUGGUUUGGGGUGGGGGCAGGGGACGGAAGAGGAGGGGUUUGAUUCGGGGGGGGUUUGGGGGGGGGACCUGGCCAGCUGUUCUGUUGUGAUGUAUGUACUGUGCUACAUUCCUUUACUUAACAGAGAGUUAAUGUCUGUACAAUUUGCAACAAUAAAAUACGAAACAAAAAUACCUCA